AUGAUGUCUCUUUUCAGUUCACUAGUUUUCAGAUCUGGAGAGACAGAGCAGAAGGACCUGUGCCUGGGGAGCCAGGCUGGAGGAGCCGCCUCUGCACGGGCAUCUGACUCGGAUGAUGGUAUCCUGGACUCGAGCCUGACGCUGGGAUGGCUGGUAAAGCAGCAUUUCUGGGUGUGUUUUCAGAAGAGAUUAGCAUUUGGAUCAGUAGCCCGAGUCAAGCAGAUCCACCCUCACCAAUGUGGGUGGGCAGCACGAAUCUGUGAGGAGCCGAAUGGAACAAAGGCCCCCGCUCCCUUCUGGGGCCAGGACUUCCAUCUUAUCUUGUCCUUAGGUGUCAGAACUCAGGCCUUUGGAUUUGGACUGAACUACACACCAGCUUUCCUGAGUCCCCAGCUUGUAGGCGGCAAAUCGUGGGACUUCUUGGCCUCCAUGAUCAUAGUUGAGAUGACUCUCCAGGGCCCUCCUGGUCCCAGAGCUUCCUGUGGGAUUGGCUGUGGGUGUGGAGAGGUCACACUCCUAGGAAGUGCACGGCCCCCGACAGAUGCCCCGCGACACCGGCCGAUGGGGAGCCUGUCAGUUUCAUCUGACAAACUGGAACUGCUGAGGCUCACCCAGGAAUCAAAGCAGCUUGUAAAGAAAUUACAUGCCAACGGGGCUGUUGGAGUCAACCCACCAGGGGAAUUGGGACCCUCAGAGGAAGGAGAAGGUUCUAGCAGGUCCCGGAGGCCAGUUCUUUCCACAGAGCACCUAAGGAAAUUCUCAACACUUCUCGUUGAUUCAAGUGGAACUGAAUAAAUUCCCUGCCAUCCCUACCACUUCUCUGCCUCUGGGGUAGUAAAAAUCCAAACCAAAAACAUAGCCCAUAAGACAGGGUUGAGAAGGCAGAGAGGUUUUAAGCUAACCCUAAGGUUGUGACAUCAAAAAAAUAAAAACAAACAUAAACACAGCACCAAUAAAUCAAGAAGCCCUUGGAGAUGAUCCCAUGGA